AUGGCUCUCUCGAAACCCACUAUUCUUCUUAUUCCCGGAGCCUGGCAUCGAGGCAGCACUUGGGAACGAGUGGCAGCACUCCUGCGGACCCAGGUAUAUCCCGUUGAAACGCUUACACUACCGUCCGCCGGCGGUCCAACAUCAACAACAGUCGCCGAUGACGCAGCCUACAUCCAGAAAAGGUAUCUAGAUGACCUGAUCUACCAAGGGAAAGACGUGGUUGUGGUCAUGCACUCCUACGGCGGUAUCCCCGGCACGGAAUCUGUCAAGGGCCGCACACGCAAAGACGUUGCUGUACAGGACAGGAAGGGUGGAGUAGUUGCUCUGGUAUAUGUGGCAGCUUUUAUCAUAUCUGCAGGCCAAUCUAUCGAUUCGUGGCUUCCAGACGGUGCAGCUUCGAUCAUGACCUUUGACGGCGAGAAGUCAUACUUCGCCAAUCCGCUUCCUUAUUUUUAUAAUGAUUGA